AUGACUCUAUUGGAUAUGGGACCAAAAUCGUAUCCGGGUCAUUCAAAGAAAAGUGGAUACAAAGAUAAGAGUUCGGGUUAUGGGUCUGGUUAUGGAAAUGACUUUGGUGGACUUUGGAUCAAAAUCGUAUCUGGUCAUGCAAAGAAAAGUGAAUAUGAGGAUAAGAGUUUGGGUUACGGGUCUGGUUACGAAAAUGACUUUGAUGGACAUGGGACCAAAACCGUAUCCAGUCAUACAAAGAAAAGUGGAUACAAGGAUAAGAGUUUGGGUUACGGGUUUGGUUAUGGAAAUGAAUCUGGUGGGAAACAUUCAUCAAAUGGGUCAAGUUAUGGGAGAAAGACAGAUUUUCAUGAUUAUGGAUCUAGUGGGUAUAGGAAAAAGAGCAACACGUAUGGGAGUUCUACAAUUGAGAGGCCUAGUUGUGGAAGGUCCGGGGAAGACGACUACAAGAAGAUUAGCUAUGGGAAGCGCGAUAAUGAUGAUGAAGGUUAUGGUCGGAAGAAAUAUGGUUACUCAGACUCUAACAAGGCGAAGAAGAAAAAUCAUCGCAAAAAGCACUCUGAUGAUGAUUGA